AUGUCAAAGGAAGAUAGUUCUGCUUUAACACCCUCCGAUAGCACAGAACCUCCAAAGCCAGCUGUUUUUUCCGCAAACGACGCUGCACUCGACACAAAAGACGAUGAGCCUAAACAAAUCACUCCCAACCCUAAGAAACGCUCAUUGCAACAAGUUGAUGAAAAUAAUCAAGUUGACAAUAAGACCAAUGACCAAACAGAAGAUAAAGAUGAUAAACCAAAAAAUAUAACGUCUGAAAACUCAACAAAUGAUAUUAUUGCUGAAGAAACUGGGGAAAAAGCCAAAAAAAGAAAAAGAGGACAUAAACAUAAACAUAGGCAUCGUAGAUCAAAGUAUAGAAAUGAAACACAAGAUCAAAUCAAAGAAGACGAUGAUGACCAAGAUGAAAAUGGUUUAAAAGACGAGGAUUAUGAAAAAUUAGUUAUUGAAGAUGAUCUUAACACCGUUGAGGAUGAUUUAAGUGAAAUUGAUCCUUCAAAUAUUAUUACUGGUGCAAGAACAAGAGGUAAAGUAAUUGAUUUUACUAAAACUGCUGAAAAAUUGGGUGGUUUAAAAAAAUUUGCUGAUGCUAACGAUGAAAAUGAUAACGAUUAUGAUGAUCCGGAUGAUGAAGACUUUAAAGAGAAUUAA